UUAUCACCCACAAGUUCUCAAACCUCCUCCCGUAUAUAAAUCUACCACCUCACCUGCCUAAUUUCUCGAUCGAUUAGUUCCAGAUUUAGGGUUCUGAUUCGAUCCAAUCAUAUUUUCUUAUCGAUUUACAAUAUAAAUCAAUCGGCUUUUGCUCCAUUGAGGCUUACGUAUUGCGGAUCUCUCAUUCUUUUAUUCGUUUUUAAUCCGACAAUUGGAUGAUCUAAUGGAGUCAAAAGCUGGCAAAAAGUCUGGUAGUAAAUCUUUAUUUUACGAAGCUCCCCUAGGUUACGGUAUUGAAGACGUUCGUCCAAGCGGUGGCCUCAGGAAAUUCAAAUCUGCUGCUUUCUCCAACUGCACCCGCAAGCCGUCCUGAGUUUUUGUUUUUUUUCAUCCCUCCUACAUAACCCCUAGGCUCUAGAUAACAACUUUUCUUUUCCAUUCUCUCUACUCUUCUUUCCUUCCUCCCUUUUCCCCAAUUCCUCUCUUUACAACAAAAAAGAUGACGUCCACAAUGUCUGCUAUCGGAUUCGAAGGCUUUGAGAAGAGGCUCGAGAUUUCCUUUUUUACCCCUGGUCCCGACCCUGGAAACCGAGGUCUCCGUUCUUUAACCAAGGACCAAAUUGACAAAUUUGUAGCACCGGCGGAAUGCACGAUUGUUUCUUCACUAUCGAACGAUUCACUCGAUUCCUAUGUUCUAUCGGAAUCCAGUCUUUUUGUUUACCCAUACAAGAUCAUCAUCAAAACAUGUGGCACUACAAAGCUACUCCUUUCUAUCCCGAUUAUACUCAAAUUAUCCGGUGAACUUUCACUCACUGUGAAAUCCGUUCGAUACACCCGUGGAAGCUUUAUCUUUCCCGGAGCUCAGGUGUACCCUCACAGGAGCUUCACUGAGGAAGUAAUGGUACUCGAUAGCCACUUUGGAAACCUUGUUUCCAAUGCUUAUGUCAUGGGAGGUGAUGACAAGAAUCAGAAAUGGCACGUCUACUCUGCUUCAGCUGAAGGAAUGGAAUCGGUUACGGUUUACACUCUUGAGAUGUGCAUGACAGGUUUAAGCAAGAAGAAAGCAUCGGUGUUUUUCAAAUCGGAAUCGAGCUGUGCGGUGGAGAUGACUGAAGGUUCUGGAAUCCGUAAGAUUCUUCCGGAAUCUGAGAUUUGUGAUUUUGAUUUUGACCCGUGUGGGUAUUCGAUGAAUGCGAUUGAAGGUGAUGCGAUCUCGACCAUUCAUGUGACCCCAGAAGAUGGGUUUAGUUAUGCUAGUUUUGAAGCUGUUGGUUAUGAUUUCAAGUCUGUGGAUCUGGGUUGUUUGAUUGAACGGGUUUUGGGCUGCUUUGAGCCGAGUGAGUUUUCGGUGGCUUUGCAUGGAGAUGAGUUGAAAGAUUUGGAUCUUGAUCUGGAUGAUAGUGAGAAUGAUAAUGGUAUGUGUGUGAAUGUUAAGGGGUACAGUGUUGAAGAAAUGAAGUUUGAAGAUUUAGGUGAAGGAGGGGGCGAGAUGGUGUACUUUGGGUUUGUCAAGGGUGGAAGUGGUUGUGGGUUGUCUCCACGAUCAACUCUGCAUAGAAGCUGUUGGAGUGAAACUGAGAAUGAGAAUGAGGAUGAGUGAGAAUGAGAAAAUUAGAGUCUGUGAAGUGGAAUGUCUAGUGUGGUUGUGAAGCUGUUUGCGUCUGUCUGGCUGAGAGAGAGUGUGUGUGUGUUUUUGCUUCUAAUUUUGUGUGUAUUUACUAUCUGACUGUACCAUGUUGUCUUUCGUUUGUUUUUGGCUGCCUUUUGUUUUGACUAAGACACAUCUGUAUGAUGAUAUGAUAUGACUUGUUUCAUCUUUAAGUCACUCGGCAUUGUUUCUGA